AUGUCGCUGAACCGGGUUCAAAGCAUCGAGACGUUGACGGCUCCGCCCGGUCAUUAUGGUGUUUCUACUGAGAGGAGAGGCAGUGAUGCGAGUCUGAGGGUUCGGCGGUUGACGUUUAAUCCCGUGCCGCAGGACUUUGAAACCGCAUCUCUUAGACCUGACGAGCAGCAUGCAGAGACUGUCGGGGCUUUCGAGGUUCCUCAGUGGAAGAGAAUGCUCCAGAUUGGUGCUGCCGUUGUACAUUGUCUAUUUGCUGCAGGCAUAGUCUUUGGUUAUGCCGCUAUCAAGCCUGUUCUCAAGCUCGAAGGCGCAUACUCUGAUAUCUGUGAAGCCACCAAAUAUCAGAGCCCGACAGGUCAUGCCAGCGCCAUUUCUGAUGACCCGCACGAUACAUGCGUUGAAAUCAGGCUGAACUUGAUGUUCACAGUGGCUGCUGUUGGCACCAAUGUUGCAGCUCUGCCCGUAGGCGCAAUCCUCGACAAUUACGGCCCUCGUGUUUGUGGCUUGUUAGGAUGCCUCUUUCUAACCAUAGGCACUUUACUUAUGGCAUAUGCUCGGUCUUUGCCAUUUGAUGGUCUGCUACCGGGGUAUCUGUUCCUGGCUCUCGGAGGUCCUUUCACCUAUAUUUCAUCCUUCCAGCUUUCCAAUGCCUUCCCACGACACUCGGGACUCAUCCUGGCGCUUUUGACCGGUGCCUUCGACUCUUCAAGCGCAUUGUUUCUCGUCUACCGUCUUAUAUACAAUGCCACCGAUGGAGCCUUCACUCUGCAUCGCUUCUUUCUUGUCUACUUGGCAGUCCCAAUUGUAAUCUUCAUCAGUCAGAUUCUGAUCAUGCCGGGACAAUCUUAUAAGACGGUUGGAGAACUUGUCGACCAAGCUGCCGAUGCCGACGAUAACAUUGUCGUUCGCUCGACUACGAGCACUCAGCAAGAGAUUGACGAGCACACGGCUCUGCUCCGCGACGAGCGCCGUGAAGAAAGAGAACGACGAGAAGCCGUGGUCCACGACAUUGAGAACCUUCUGGGAUCAUCUAAGGGUGAUGACCAAGUCGAGGCCAAGGAACGGAAGCAUGUUGCAUCGGGUGUCUGGGGCGUUCUCCACGACUGUACUGUCCUCGAUCAGAUCCGAUCUCCUUGGUUCAUACUUAUCUGCCUCUUCACCGUCGUGCAGAUGACGCGUAUCAACUUCUUUGUUGCUACUAUCCGACCACAGUACGAGGCCAUCUUUGGCGAUCGCGAGCGCGCUGUGAGGAUAAACACAUUCUUUGACGUUGCCCUCCCGGCGGGUGGUAUCUUUGCGAUCCCCUUUAUCGGAACAGCUCUCGACCAUGUCAGUACUGUCCUCGUGCUGUCAGCCUUGGUAGCAUGUGGUACGCUCAUCGGUAUUCUGGGUGUGUUGCCUUACGAAUGGGCGGCCUACGCAGGAAUUAUCCUCUUUGUUCUGUAUCGUCCGUUCUACUACACUGCCGUGUCGGAUUACAGUGCCAAGGUAUUUGGUUUCCGAACCUUUGGAACUGUGUAUGGUCUUAUUAUUUGUCUAUCUGGCCUCCUAAACUUUUCGCAGUCGGGCCUCGACGUCCUCUUUCACCAGACCUUUAACGGUAACCCGGUACCCGUCGAUAUCAUGCUUCUCGUUAUUGGUCUGGCCAUCGGUGUUGCGCUCGUGGUCUUCGUAGCAAUGGAGCUUCGCAAGAUGCAACAAAAGGCCAGGGCGGGCAUAUCACAAUAA